AGACAGUUCGCAUUGGUAGGUUGCAAUAGUGUUAUCCGAUCCGUAGAAAGUCGCCAAUCCCUGAAAGUAAACAAGGGUCCGAAUAAACAAUUGCCAGUGCUGUCGGCGUUCAUAUUUGCAAGAGGUCCUUCAAUAUUAAUACAAUUCUUUAGGAUUGGAUCCAUGGACAAUGAACUUGAACUUGAUGAAGAAAUGGAUGAAAUCUUUUUUCCUAGGCAACCGCAUAAAAAGAGAAGAAAGAUAAUCAGAGUGCAUAAUGUAUCAAAUGAAGAGGAGGAUAGCGAAAAACAGAAUAACAGCUCUGAAAUUGUCAAUGAGACAUUAUUUACAAAAUACAUAACUGAUUAUAAAGGACAGAAACUGUUAGUUCAUUGGCUGCAAUCGGAUCAAGAAAUACAGAACUGUGAUCAACAACCAUCACAGGAAAGUGAUGAUAAAACACCUGAAAAUUCUGAAAGUAAAGAACCUAAUGGAAUAGUGGAAAUUGAUACUUCACAAGAAGAGGAAACAAAACGUAUAACAGAAUUAGAAUCGACGCUCCCCACUGAAGUUUUGUGUGAAAAUGUGUGUGACAUAAAUGGAAAAGAAGGCUCUGAAGUUGACAGUACAGACAAAAGUGCCGAGAUCCCUUGCACAGACAGCAACGGUAAAGAUGUACAAAAAGAAAUUGAAUACAACCUCCUAGGUGAAAAAGAAAACAGUUUGUCUAUUUCUGAAGAUCAGAAUAUUAGUGGGGAAAAUGAUAAUAAUGUUGAGAAUCUAGAAGAAGAAACGAUCUCAUCACAGCUGGAAAGUGCACCAAUCGCCGAAUAAGGCCAAAUUAUUAAUUAUUUACUUUUCAUUUAAAUUUAUAUAUUAUUUAUAUUUUAUAUAAUUUUACAGUACCUAAAUUUACAUCAUUUAUUCACAUAUUAAAUUUAAAAAAAAUUAAAUUUUAUAUUUCUAACCAUUGAAUGUAGAUGCAAAUAAAAUCAUUUUAAAUUGUAUUA